UAAACCAUAUUAUAUAUUGGGGGACAUAACCAAAUGGACCAAAACAAACAAAUUUUAUGCUGUGUGUCUUCAUUGAGCUGUUGCCAAAUGUUGUAUUUAUACACAUAAUACGAAAAAAAAAAUCAUCUCACAAAAUCGUUUACACAGAGAGCAUAGGAAUUUCGAUCCAAGAAAUGCAUUUACCUGCAAAAAUCAAUGUGCAACUUCUUAUAUGUGCUGAGUUCUUUUAUGUAACAAUCGCAUCUCUAGUUGAUAAUGGUGUCCAAGCACCACUCUUUGUGCAAGAGCCAAUAUCUGAAUUGGUAUUUAGUAAUGAAAGUGGUUCACAAAUAUCGUGUUCAGCUCAUGGGAAUCCAAUUGUGACGUGGGUUCAAAAAGACGGUUCGCCAAUAUCAUCGGUGCCGGGAUUAAGACAAAUUUUGCCAAAUGGAACCCUCCUCUUUCCCCCAUUUGCGGGGACAUAUUAUCGAGCUGAUGUGCACGAGACAAUUUAUCGAUGCAAAGUAUCGAAUCAGGUCGGUGCCAUUUUAAGCCGUGAUGUUCACAUAAGUGCAGUUGUGCGGCAACCAUAUGAUAUUCGAGUGGAUGGUAGUGAGGUAUUCAUGGGAAAUGUGGCAUUUUUGCGGUGUUUUAUUCCAGAGCAUGUUCGAAAAUUUGUUGCGGUAUCAUCGUGGUUUCGUGGCGAUGAAGAGCUACUUGCCGAAAUGGCUGAUAUGGGAGGAAGAUAUUUUAUGACGUCAACCAUUGGAGAUUUAUACAUUCGUUCCGUAAAGUCUGAUGAUAAUUUGAAAAAGUUUUCAUGCCAGACAAUGAAUAAAAUAACCAAAGAGCGAAAAAUCAGCGAACCCGUGCAGUUAUCAGCAAAAGAUAUAACAACGAAUAUGGCGCCAACAACAAAUCAAAAGCCAGUACUUAACAUUUAUGUCGAUCAUGGUAAUGAUAUUCAUUUACCCUGUAAUAUUCAAGGAAGCCCACUGCCAUUCUAUACUUGGUAUCGUGUGUCCGAUUCAAAUGCACUGUAUCCGGUACCAUCGUCACAACGAAUAAUUCCCGCAAAUACUCUACUUUACAUAAGAAAUGCAGAUGAACGUAGCGCCGGCAGAUGGGUGUGUAAGGCAACAAAUCAAUUUGGUGAAAUACGGGUAGAAAUUCGUUUGCACGUCAAAGUUAUAUUGUCUGUGCAUAUUCAUCCGCAAGUGCAAAUUGUUAACUCAGGUGGAACAGCCGUAUUCAACUGCUCAAUAGCUGGAACAGGCGAUGAAAAGAUAGAUUGGUAUCAUGACGGAACUCUUCUUCUACCGGAUCUACCGGUAUCAAAUAAUAAAAUUAAGUUGCUGUCACCUUAUUCUCUGGCAGUCUAUGAUGUGGGUCGACGUGAUAAAGGAAUGUACCAAUGUUUGGUUGCAAACAAAUAUAGCAGCGCACAAGCAGUUGCAGAACUCAAACUUGGUGAAAUUACACCGGAAAUUAUAUCAACGUUUAACGAACAAAUCGUACGGCCCGGUCAAUUCGUUUCAUUCAAAUGUAUUGCAACUGCAACACCACCAGCACAGUUUGUUUGGCAAUUGGAUUCGCAGCCAAUAAUUGAGGUAUCAUCACUUGCACGAUAUGCCAUCGGCCAAUAUGUGGAUAUCUCAGGCGAUGUUAUAAGUCACUUGAAUAUUACGCACGUGCGACCCGAAGACGGUGGUUUGUACAAAUGUCUCGCAUUUAAUUCAAUGGGCAGCGCUGAAUACUCGUCUCGUCUCAAUGUUUACGGUCCACCAUAUGUACGCGCUAUUAGUCCAAUUAAAGCUGUGGCUGGUGAUUCAUUUACAAUGUUUUGUCCAUUUUCCGGAUACCCAAUUGAACAAAUUCGAUGGGAGAAAGCGGGCCAGGAGCUUGUUUCAAGUACAAAAUAUGAACUAUCUUCGGAGCGUGGCUCAUUGAAAAUUCAUCAAAUUGAUUCAACACAAGAUUCGGGCGUUUAUACUUGCAUCUGUACUAAUCGGGCGGGUGAAGAAGGUCGUCGAGACAUUGAACUGACUGUGAAUAGUCCGCCUGUUAUUGAACCAUUUGCAUUUCCCAAAAAUUUACAAGAAGGAGGACGAGUUACAGUUACUUGUGCUGUAAUCUCCGGUGAUUUGCCAAUUAUUUUUACUUGGAAAAAGGACGAUCAUCCGAUUCCGCAAAGCUUACAAGUUUCCGUGAAGGGUGAUGAAUUCUUUUCAAUGCUGGUGUUGAAGGACGUCUCAUCACGACAUGCUGGCUUGUAUACGUGUAUUGCUAGUAAUUCUGGAGCCACUGUUAAUCACACGAGUGAACUUUUAGUGAAAGUUGCACCACGAUGGAUACAAGAACCACAAGAUACUGCAUUGAUGUUGGGAAAUGCACUUGUUAUAAAUUGUGAAGCAGAGGGAUAUCCCGAACCGGAAAUCACAUGGUUUAAAGGAGAGGGAAAACUAUCGAAAGAGUUUAAAUCGAUUCAGCUUCGUAAUAAUUCAUUGAUGGUCGACUAUGUUACGGAUGCUGAUGAAGGUUAUUACAUGGUGAAAGCGACCAAUGGCAUCGGACCUGGUCUCAAAAAAAUUCUACACAUCAACGUAAAUGAACCGGCUCGUUUUGAAACUACGUCCAAAAAUUCUUCAACACGUCGAGGCGAUCCAAUAUCGUUAUCAUGUUUGGCCAAAGGCGAUGAUCACAUAACCAUCACGUGGCUGCAUAACAAUAAUCGAAUUGAUUUAAAUAAUUAUCGUAUUAGCAUUACCGAAAUGCAAACGACAAAUGGAAUAAAUUCGCAAUUAUCGAUUACCCAUUCAGAUCGACAAGAUUCAGGCGUCUAUACUUGCAAAGCUGAAAAUGCAUUUGGGAAAAGUGAACAUGUUAUUUACGUUGCUGUUCAGGAGCAUCCAGAUGCUCCAAUGAAUAUGGAAUGCCGAGGGGUCAGCAGUAGGUCUGUUAAAUUAUCGUGGAAACGCCCUUUCGAUGGAAAUUCACCCAUGCUAAGCUACAUUGUACAAUAUCAACCUACAAAAUUUGUGUAUGCACAUUUGUCAAUAUUAGAUUCGGAUGACCAUUGGAAUUCACCAAAUACGAUGAAUAUCACGUUGCCAAAUAUUAGCAUCGGCAAAAGUUCAAUGGGUAAUAUGAUGGAAACGGCAACAUUGGCAGGGCUGCAUCCAUCAACGACUUAUCUGAUUCGUAUGGCUGCUGUAAACGAAAUUGAAAGCAGCGGCUUCACUGAAACAAUCGUUGUGAGAACACAAGAAGAGGCACCAAUCGAACCACCGCAAAAUGUUCAAGUGCAACCGGGCGGUAUUGGUGAAUUGAUUGUUACAUGGAAUUUGCCACCUCGCGAAAGUUGGAAUGGUGAACUAAUUGGCUACACGGUUAACUGUACAGAAGAAAAACAGAAUAUUAAUUACAUUAGCACGAACGCAUCGCAACAGAAAUCAAUUCAAGUUGAUGGUUUUGCAACAACAAAAACAACAAUAAAAAAUUUACGAACCUUUCGACGCUAUUCAAUUAUUGUGCGUGCAAUCAAUAGUUUUGGUGCGGGACCGUUUUCGGUGCCAGUUUUUAGUACAACAUUGGAAGGAGUUCCUCAAGCACCACCACAAAAUGUCAAUUGUACAUCAUUGACAUCGCAAAGUAUUAAAAUUUGGUGGCUUGAACCACCACUUCAAUUUCAUGGCGGUGUUAUACAAGGCUAUAAAAUAUUAUACACACCAGUGAGCUACGACGAUAACAUUGCUGUAACAAAUGAAGUGAAGCGAACCUCUAACUUGGAAACAUACUUACAUGCAUUGCAUAAAGCAACGAAUUAUUCGGUUCGCAUUUUAGCGUAUACAUCAAGUGGUGAUGGUGAAAUAUCGCAAUCAAUUUAUUGUAAAACCGAAGAUGAUGUUCCCGAUGCACCGGCUGGCAUAAAAAGCAAUGCAUUGACUGGUGAUUCGAUACUUGUGUCAUGGUUGCCGCCCAAACAUCGAAACGGUCUAAUUUUACAUUAUACGGUUUAUAUGCGAGAAACUGGUCGGAAAGGACAAGCUCAAAAUCAUAUGGUGCGCGUUGACGAAGAUGGAAAUCCAAGACUUUUUGAAUCACGCGGUCUUAUUGAGAAUCAUACCUAUGACUAUUGGGUUACAGCCUCAACCAGUGAGGGUGAAGGUGAACCAACGUCAGUAUCGAGUGUUCAAACAACGACAAAAGCACCGGCGCGUAUCGCGUCAUUUUCGCAAACAAUACGAAAAGCGGUUGGCAAUAGUUUGAUAUUGGACUGUAUUUCAGUUGGUAAUCCAACACCAAGAGCUCGUUGGUUUACAAGAGAUCGUCCUGUUACAUUUAGCCCAUUUUAUGAAAUAAUGGUAAAUGGAAAUCUUCGAAUUCAUAGCAUUGAGGCGAGUUUGUCCGGAAAUUACACGUGCUCGGCAAAAAAUCUAUUUGGCGAAGAUAGUAUCGUUUAUAAAAUAAUCGCAAUGAAAGUACCAAAUGCGCCACAAAUUAACGUUCAUUAUUCAUCGUUUGAUAGUAUUCGCGUUAGCUGGGAAAGUGGCGAUGAUGGUGGUGCGCCGAUUUUAUUUCAUUCACUAUCAUAUCGCACCGUUUCGGGGGCAUGGAUCAAAGUUGAAAUUACACCGGAAAAUAAUGCUUACACUCUGAUUGGAUUAAAAUGUGGCACACAAUAUAUCAUCAAAAUGUCAGCAAAUAAUCGCGUCGGCGACGGACAAUCUAGUGAUGAAAUUAAUUUAUGGACAAAAGGCAAAAAGUCACAAGAGCCCGAGGAAAAGGAUUUCAUUAGCACAAAUUCAUCAUGCAUUAAUUUGCAACUGUCGCUGUGGAAUAACGGUGGUUGCCCAAUUUCACACUUUUCCAUUGAACAUCGACCGCAUGGUGAAUUGCAAUGGACUGUCUUAUCAUCUGAUAUAUCCAACUCGGAUGAAACCCAAAGGAAUUUAGUAUUUUGCGAUUUUCAACCGGCUACAUGGUAUCAAUUGAAAGUUGCUGCUAUAAAUGAUGCAGGAAAAACAACCGCUCUUUAUAAUGUGGCGACAACUAAAUUAAAUGGAGAGCGAAUACCAACGCCCGAAGUAUUUCCAGAAAAUGAGUUAUCAGACAAUGUUGCCAUUAUUUCAAGCCAAAGAGACUGGCUUCCAACAACAAUUGUGGGCAUUAUGAUUUUAUCUGCAUCUCUUAUAAUUUGUUUAACAUUAAGACGUCGUGGCUUUUGGCGUGAAUCAAUUUCUGGUGGGCUUGAAACGAGCACCGUACCAAAUGAUUUGAAAGAUGGAUACGACAGCCGACGCAGCCAACAAGUUUAUAGUGCAUCUCCGGUUAAGACCGUCAAUAAACACAACGAUUCGGAAAUGUACGAAAUUGCGCCAUAUGCAACGUUCAGUGUGAGUUGUGGCCGAACAACAUCCGAAUUGAGUAAAACUCCGUUGCAUGGUGUUACACCGUCUGCACUUGAUUACACAGUUCAAUUCAAAACUUUCGGUCAAGGCGAUAAUCUAAAUGCAACGGCAUAUCCAGUGCUGCCAAAUGCUGCGGCUGCUUUUGGUCACGUAAAAGGAAAAUCCAGUUGGCAAAACCAACGAUACUAUAAUACAGACGACGAUUCAACGUUGAGCAAAUCGAUGACAAUACUGGCUGGUAAUUCGCAAUUGCAAUUACAAUCGAAUCGCGGUAAGAGCAAACGUGAAAUGGAUAUGAAUCGAUGCAUUAAGUCGAAAUCACGCAACGAAAUUACAAAAUCACACCACAAUGACACCGAAUCAGAUACAAGCGUUAGUCCAAUUAACGAAUUUUCAAAUAUGUCUACAUAUCGUGUUCCUACCAAAUCCAGAGGUGAUAUAUUUCGACCAGAUUCAAGCACUGAAUCAAAUAAUGAUAACUCACCCGUUGAGAGGCGAUCCAAUACGCCAAGACAUGUAUCGGCUGAUAUGCGUAUGCGUCCCCGAUCAAGUAAUAAAUCACCGCACAUGUUAGAAACAGGAAGUAGCAACAGUAUGGACAAUGAGAUAGAAACUGGAUUACGUUUUCGUCCACCGAGUGGUUUUACCGAUUCACGUGAAUUUAGCGAAGCGGAUUUGGAAGUACAACAGGUCAUGGAAAAUAAUAACGAAAUUCAAAAGGAAAUUCAAGACGAAUUAACAUUUUUACUAGCAAGAUGAGUGCAACGAUGCAACUUUACGUAACAGCCAUUCCAUCAUAUUUAUUCAGCCUAAAUUCAAACUCAUAAAUAGAUAAGACCAAAUAUGAAGUUGCCCGAAGUUGUCAUCAUUCAGAAAACUCACAAUUGUGACCAGAUUUUUACAUUGUGAUUUGAAUAUUUGUCUAUUGGUCUAAUGAUCAAUAUCACAUAAAUGUUAAUUACAACAUAUUCUAUAAUACGAAGAAAAAGAAGAAGAAGAAGACAUAUUUAUUAAUUUAUUUGGACUGAAUGGUUAGGUGUUGAAUAAAUCUAAUUGUUUGUAAAUAUUGUACUAUCAGUGUGUGGAAAUAUAUGUUCCUCGAUAUAAAUCAAAUUAUUGAAUGCAAAUUAAUAUCAAUUCAAACUUAAAUGAAUCACAUAGUACAAUAAACAUAAGCAUAGAAUCAAAAUUAAGAAAUAAAACACAAUUUAUCAGAUUGAUCGAAUAAACACA